UGAUAAUUCUUUACUAAUAUUUGUUUCUUUUUAGGUAAUGGAGCGUAAAGGAACGCUGGCAAAAAAAUAAAAUGAAUAUUUAUGAUGAUGAAUGGUACAAUCGGACACACAUUAGCUGAAGAUUUAAGUAUAACGCGAAUAGCUGGCUUAACGUGGGACCAAUGGAAUGCUCGCCUAGCGAUGCCACUUAUCACCCAAUUGCGCGAAGGCUCGCAUCCUCUACUGUUUCCAACUGAUCUAUCCGUUAGCACUGUUGAUAAAGAAUCGAAAUCGAGCACUGUUACCAAUCCAGAUCCACAAUCGCCGCAAGACAAUCAACCGGCCUACUCCUGUUCCGAUUGUGGUCGAAUGUAUAAAUUGAAAUCGUCGCUACGUAAUCAUCAGAAAUGGGAAUGCGGUAAAGAGCCGCAGUUCUCGUGCCCAUUUUGUGUAUAUAAAGCAAAACAGAAGAUGCAUAUCGGACGCCACAUGGAACGGAUGCAUAAAGAGAAGUUUAUUAAAAUGGAAGAUGAUCAAAUGCUAUCGACGCUAUCGAUGAAAGAGGAUGGCAAUGGUAUUAACUUAAAUGUGAAUAUGAACACAACGAUAUAAAAAAAACAAUUGUUUUUUGGCUGUCCCUGGGACAAAAAUGUUUAGUGAUAUUUUGAUUUCUCGGAAAUUACCGUAUUCGAGAUUGGAUGCUGGAAUUCCACCUUCACAAUUUCAGAAUACAUUUUUCUCUGGAUUUUUUUUUUAUUGCAGAAUUUGACUAGUAUUUUACCAUAAAAGAAAAUGAUUUUUAAGGAAAAGAUUCAGCUCAAUUAAUUAAAUUUCUUUUCAUUUGCUAAAAUUUUUCUAGAUUCUUAGACAUAUUAUAAAUGAAAAUGCUUGUAUCUUGCGAGAAAUUGUUGAAUUGAACAAAAUCCGAACAAACUGGGGUGGGGUGCAAAAGUGAUAUUAUAUCUAGUGGUAAAACUUUUUUUUUCUAUAUUAUUAAAAGAGCAAUUGUUAUGAAAAUACAUUCCACGUAAUAAGAGUUAAUUUAACUUAAAAUAUUUUACUUUAUAUUUUUAUUAGCAGUGUAAGGAGGUACCAAUUUUAUUGAUAUUUUAUUUUUGGUUCUAAUUUUAAGUCUUCCGAAAUUUUAUUCCAUUUUAUCGGCCACCGAGCCAAGGUGGUCGAAGUAUCUUUUUAGUUUGUAGUCCGUAAAUUCGAUUUAGAACAUAAAAUGUGUCAAAUUUUCAAUGGCGCUUACAACGAUAUUCUUCGCAAAAAA